GUUCUGCCCGUAUCGUUGGUGAAGAGGAGAACACGGUGUUCAAGUUUCUUUGUCGGAAAAGAAUGGAGGGUACUGGUGGAAUUAUUCAUCAGGAUAACCUUGCGUGAUGCGAAGCUAGAUUCUUCGGACCCAUGAAAAGCUUAAAACAAAUCAAUUCGUAAUAAGACUGAUUUUUCUUUGGUUUCACGCCGAUUCUUCUGCAAAACCUCAGUAGCAAAACAUCGAACACAUAGCGUGCUUCACAUACAGCGCACUUCCGAGUUAUGAUAUUACCUUUCGCGAAGCUAGGAACACUUGCUUUGAAAACGAUUUGCAAACCAAUCGCCAAACGUAUUAAGAAAGAGGCUGGCCGUCAUCCUCAGUUCCGCCACGCCAUCAUCAACUUUGCCCAGGCUAAUCAUCGUUUCAGAACAAAGUUGCAAAGACAUAUAUAUGGUCAUGCAAUAGAUGCUGCAAUUCGCCCUUUAAAUGAGGAAAAAGCUGUCCAAGCUGCUGCAGAUCUUCUUGGAGAACUCUUUGUGUUCACUGUUGCAGGAACUGCUGUUAUCUUAGAGGUCCAAAGAAGCUCAAAAUCAGAAGCUAGGAAGGAGGCACUUCGCAAACAAGAAUUAGAGACCCUGAGGCAACGUGAUGAAGAUCUUGCAAAGCAAAUUGAGAUGCUUAAGUACAAACUUGAUGAGAUUGAACAAGUUGCCAAACAACAAGGACUAGUUUUGAAAUUUAGAAAGCCUCAUCCUAUAGAAGCUGGGAAAGCAAGUGAAUCUGGGAUAGAUCCUAAACUACCCCUUAUCAUUAUCGACUCCAAUUCCCUACCUAAUCCUCCUUCAAAAAACCUUACCAAACCGCUGGGUCAUAACAUUACUCCCCUCCCAAACCAAAACCUUGUCCUCAUGGUUGAAGUCAGGGAACUGCUUAGCCAGAGUCGCAAAAUGCUCCCACGUGACCUCAUACUCCGGUAA